UGCCCAUUUCCUGGCACAAAUAGGGAGUUGCAGGAAUUGUGUUUAGAGGGAAAGCGCGUUGCCUGGUUCCUGGUGUUCUCCUCUGUUAAAGCAUGCAAUCGCAAUCGCUACUGCGGCGCCACAACAGUUGCCCCCAGCUGAUGUUUGGCGAAAAGGCAGUGUCUUGUUCUACUGAAGCAUUCCUGAUGGUCAAAGACAGCAGGAAGGAAGGGAAUGAAGUGGAUUACUGGGUGCCAGAUGCUGCAGUUCACAGGGAGAAAAAGCUGAAAGAAUACACGAAGUGUUCACCAGAACAGAAUGAAUUAUCUGCUAGUGCUGAUAAUCUCAACACUAUUGGUGGCGAUGCAGAGGACAAUGAUGUAUGUGUGAUCCACGAUGGAGUUCAAGUCCUGGCCAUUAGCGCAGAUUUUACAGGUGAAAUGGUUACAAGCCCGCAGAUGUGCCUGUGUAAUCCUGAAACCUCUGGAGACACCAAAUGUGAUGAUGCAGUCCUACCACGUGAUAGACAUCAGACCACAGUUGGAGACAGCAUCAGUCCAAAUGUACAGGUGUUCAGCAUAGAGGACUAUCUCUACAAGGAAUCCUCAUCUUAUUCUGUCGAGACUCCAGAAUGCCUAUAUUCUGCAGGGCCUGUGGAAGUCAUGGAUUUAGAGGAAAAUUCCAAGAUAACAUCUGCCAACCCAUUCCCAGAGACCACAUGUGCUGACUCGUUGUCAGAGAUUACUGGGCAAGUUACAAUGGUGGAGCGUGAUACAGAACUUACAGGUCCUGCUAUAAGUGAUUCGAACCUGCCUUUGUCUGAUCAACACUCCACUCCUGCGACCACUUCACAGUGUCCUGGAUUACUCGCUCAGGACUAUGAUGAUAUCUAUCAGUCAGACCCAGAAAACAGAGACGAGGAGGAAGUUGUCGAUUAUUUCCCAGAUGUAAUGGGUGCCCCUACAGUAAGCAGAGUGAUUGAUGGAGUUCAGCAUUCAGUACCCUAUAUUGAUUAUAGAGACACCUUACAUCCUUAUGUGCCAAGCUAUAUUGAAGAGUGCUGGCUGACUGAUACACCUGAGGGACAGUACCAAAAAGUUCUUCUUCAUGAAUCAUUACAGUGUACAGAGCCAACUGCUGGUUAUGGGGAAAAUAGAGAGAAAUGGAGUACUGGGGAGACAGUACCAACUAGUGAAGAGAUUAUGCUAAAAACGCUGUAUAAAGAGGAACCAAGUGAAGACCUGGAUACAGAGCACAACAGCUUGAAGCAAGUCCCAACAUUGAGGUCUUUCACAGAUUCUGCAGUGCAGACAGACUGUGUUACUGUAGAUGCAGAAGUCGGUACAGACAAAGAUAUUGAAAAGUACAUGAAUGAAGUGACAGCUGAACGGGAGAUUUUGAAGGAGAGAUACCAGGAAGUGUUGGAUCGACAGAUACAGAUGGAGAAUCAGCUCCAGGUCAAAGUUCGACAGCUUCAACAACGACAGGAAGAAGAGGAGAAUAUUUACCAGGAUAAUGUUAAGCAGGUUCAGGAGAUGAAAGUAAAACUGGAAGAACUGAAGAAGAAAUCUGAAAAGGAGAAGAAAGAGUUUGUUCAAAAAGAGGAAGAGUUGAAGAAUGAAGUAACAAGGCUUUAUGAAAAUGGGAAACGGCUGAUGAAGGAGCAGGAAGAAAAGGGCAACCUGAUUGCCAUCCUGAUCAGUGAUCAAUCAGACAAAAGGGAGAAGUUAAAUGAGGAUUUGGCGAAACUGAGGCUCAAAAAUCAGGACCUCAACAAGAAAGUCCUAGAAGAGACCGAGCGAGCCUUGAAAGCCGAGGUUCAAUCCCUGGAGAACAAGAGGGAGUUUGCAGUUAUGAUGCUGGACAAAGCAGCGAAUGAAGCAGAACUACAGAUUUGUAGCUUGAGCUCUGUUCCAGGAAGUUCAAGCCUGGUACAUGAUUGGCGGAGAAGGCUGCAUGACAUCCAGGUGCAAAAGGAGAAUAUAAAGAAUCAAUAUGAAGGUCACAUUCAGCUGGUGAAGAAUGGUGCAAAGCUCAGCAGUCUCCCACACAUACAGUUGCCAACAAUACCACCUGCUCCUGCAGAGCCUGAAUUAGUGCUCCAGAGAAUGCAGCAGAAUCCUCGAGUUCCCUUCACUAACUUGCCUUCCACAGCACCUUUUUACCCAGCUCCUGGAUCUCUGAUGAACCUUCCAGCUACACAGUUUACCCCGAGUCACAUGGCACAGUCAGAGGUUGGCAGUCACAACACUCAACCAGCUUCCAACCCGGCUACAAAACUGGAAAAACUCCUGGAAAAGCUGGAAGCCAAAUUUCCAAACUGUAGCAGAGUUCAACUUACCCACAUUCUGCAGCAGAUUAAGAACUCACGUGGAACUAUUGCUGGCCUUUCUGUGGAUGAACUAACACACCAAAUGGCUGCCCAACUGACUGAAAUAAAGCAGGCUGAGCCAGUGCAUCUACUGCGAAUCCCUACCACUUUGUCUGGACACUUCCCACCAGCAGCUUCACAGACCAGCCCUUACCUGACACAGCUGAAAAGUAGAACUGGAGCUCAGGCCUCAUACCAAGAGAGUCCAGUGCUGGUCUCAGGCAGUCCCCGGCUUUGUUUGAUGUGUCAGAAAGUUGUGCUUAUUGACGAAGUCCAGCCAAUGGUCUGUUCACAUAUUGUCCACCGAGAGUGCAUCAAAUUCUGGUCACAAUCCAACAAAAACAGUAGCUGUCCUUUCUGCCCCACACCAAGGUAAUACAACAAGCAGAACAGCAGGUGCUGGAGGAUUCCUUGUAGUUCUGACAUUGUUCAUCAAACGUCGAGCCCUUUGACACUAUCAAACGUCUGACAGCUGUGUGAACUUUUUAUAUUUGAAAAGAAGUGAGCCAGGCCUCAAAGUGGGCAAAUGACAGACCACAAAUGUAUUGGAUCACACUAAAUUUGUCGCUGGUGUUCUAAGAAUAUUGAGACGAUUAUUUUGCAGGCUUGCACGUUUUCUGUUUUUAGAGAGAGUGUGUCUCUCUGUGAAGAAUAAAUGGACUAUGGGGAAAUAUGUCUUGUUGUUUAUGGUCACGUUAUGAAUGCAGCAAGCUUGUUGUUUACCAGCAUGGAGUUCUGAUUGGAAAGUUCAGUUCACAAGGUCUCCCUGGAUAUGUCUCUUGGAAGGACAGGGACUGAAUUAUGAGAUAAAAGCAAUGGAUAAGCUUGAAAAAAACCAUGUGCUGCUCUGAAACCUGUCUCUGUGGGGCUGGCUUCUUGACAGUUAAUAGCUUAAAGAAAUAUGGUUUGGACUAUGAAGAUAAAAAUGAGCACAAAGUUGGUAGUUAAUUUAUGGUUGAUGUUCAAUCUCCUUCCAUCUCACUGUACAAAUGUUGUAAACACUUCAAGGUUGAAGAAGAGUAUGAUUUUCCACUUCUCUUCUCAAUUUCAAACACCAACUGAGGGAAUCACAGGUGGCCUACGUUCUUCUGUGAUCCUAAAGUUGUUUAGUCCUGAUAGAUGAUUCAACUCUUGAGUGACCCAUAGAGUAUCUGAUAUCAUCUUUGUUCAGCCCCCAUUCCCAGCAGGAUUCGAAAUGCAGAGCCUAGGUGUGGCUGCCUUUAUUUCUUUUCACAAAUCUUCCCCCUAUCCCCGACUCCUGCCUGGAAAUUUAUGUAACCAACUUCUGCCUUAGCUCCCUGCAUGUGGCGAUGAAAUGUUCUGCUGUGUAUAACUCUGCAUCAUAAUGAGUGCCUCCUUUGGUAAAUCAUGAAAUGUUACUCAUUUGAAAUGCUGUUUGUCAACUCACCUGUUAGAGUGAAGGAAGAACUUGCCUUUUGCAGCACCUGGCAAGAUAUGUGGGUUAAGCUUCAGAUCUUUUUCAGAGUUUAACUUUCAACAAAUAAGUACAUUGACAAACCAUGAAUCCUGCUUUGUAUGUCCCAAGAGCCAAAGGUAAAUUGUAUGCAGCUUUAUAAUUGUCUUUCAUGUAAUAAACUAUUAUUCUCUUUCAUGUAACAA